AUAUAUCAGCAGUACUACUUUCAAUACUCAGAGACCAAUAUUGCUUCCGAUUUUCCCAUUUUUUUCUAAACGAAGAAGUAUAAAUUCGGUUUGUACGCUGACAAUUGCUAAAUAUUGUAACCGCUUACAGCACGCAAUUUCGCUGUUCCUUCCUUGACAGAAAAAAAAAACAAGAAAAAAUCUAACCGCUCCAUAUUUUACCUACAUAGAAGACGCUAUUUCCCGGUAUAUUCCAAACUUCCUUCACAUUUUAAUACCUAUAGUAGAGCUACAAAAAACGGCAGCCUUUUAAGCUGAUUGGAGAUCCCGCAAGCCUCAAAUUUGGCCCAACAUAACAUAACCUUGCGCUCCUCUAUUACUUUUCCUUAGUGCAAAAUAAACCCUUGCCAAUUAUUUUCCCACACCUGAAAAAAGCUGCAAAACUCUUCUACACAUCGUAAACUGUCACUUUAAUUAAACUUUCACCACAUUCUUACAGACUUCACUGUCUUAAUUUAGUCGAUUGGACUUCAGCGAAAGUCAAGGCACAACAAACCAUACUGAAAAACGAACGUCAUUAGAAGUAAAUUGAGCCCAAAACAAGAACGCAGACGCAAAACCUUCAUCAGAACAGAAAAACGUCAUUGCCGCCUACUUUGAAAAUCAAACCACGCAAUUACAACUAGCCAUUCUAGCUUGUUAUUCACUUUUCAACCUAUCAGUUAUAAAUUAGUUAAACUCAAAAAAAAUUGUAGACAGAAGAAGAAAAAGAAUAAGAUGUCAUCAAUGGUCAGCGAUCAGGGAAAGUCGGGAGACCAGAACUUCGACUACAUGUUCAAACUCCUCAUCAUCGGCAACUCCUCGGUGGGUAAGACCAGUUUCCUCUUCAGAUACGCCGACGACUCCUUCACAUCUGCAUUUGUGUCAACAGUGGGAAUAGACUUCAAGGUCAAGACUGUGUUUAGAAACGACAAGAGGGUCAAACUUCAAAUAUGGGACACGGCGGGCCAGGAGAGAUACAGGACAAUCACAACUGCAUACUAUAGAGGAGCGAUGGGCUUCAUCCUUAUGUACGACAUCACCAACGAGGACUCAUUCAACGCCGUCCAGGACUGGAUCACACAGAUCAAGAACUACUCGUGGGACAAUGCACAGAUCAUCCUGGUGGGCAACAAGUGUGAUAUGGAGGACGAGAGGGCAGUGGUGCCGGACAGGGGCAGACAGCUGGCAGAGAGCCUCAAUGUAGAGUUCUUCGAGACCAGCGCCAAGGACAACAUAAACGUACGCGAGACGUUCGAGCGACUAGUAGACAUAAUCUGUGCCAAGAUGUCUGAGUCCCUAGACAAUGACCCCAGCCUGACAGCCAACAAGCAGGGGACACGCCUAACCGAGACACCCAUGCAGCAGGCUCAGAACAACUGCAACUGCUAAUUAGCCGAUUAACACACAGAGCUCAAAUAGCAGACAAACCGCCAAACUAACACAGAAAAUUUCAACGCCAACCUUUCAGCUUAAAUCAAGGCGCUCAAAAGGGCAAAUGACAACAAAAAUACUCCUUCAGCUCAGAAUCCGAACAAAUUUACAACUUAACUUGCUCAGCACACAUUUUUCUUUUAUACUGAAUCAAUCACGCAAUUUUCCUCUGGCAAACUGACGAUUCUAGGACCAAUAUCCGAGAAAGCAAUUUUCCGCCACAAUUCUCAAAAAUUCUGCAUUCUAUUUACAUUCAGUCGUGCUGUUGUAGUCAAAUCUCCGUAUAACUUGUCAUAGCAUGUCACAUUUCCAGUAGAUUGAUGAGAAGUCGUGAACAGUCGAUGAUCAAAGUAUAACCCUUCUUCUAUUCUUGUAUACUUAUUGUGAUAUACUAGAUAUCAUGUAUAUAGACCCACUCAGAAGCUAUAGAAAUAUAUUGUCUGUAUGCCACAAUUUAUUCAUUUCCAAUUAAAAUGUUUACAAUGA